GGCAGUGAAAGAACAAGCAGUCAGACUGAGGAGGGAGCGUGAGAGAGAGAGCGAGAGAGAGCGAGAGAGAGAGAGCGAGAGAGAGAGAGAGAGAGAGAGAGAGAGACUCACCAAAUAAGCGAGCGCUCUCAGUGUCAGUUACAUUCUAACCACGGACAGCUGCCGUGUUGAAGCCAGAAGAAGAGAAAGAGAGAGAGAGUUUUCACAGCAGAGAGUAAAGAGAAGACGGUGAAAAGUGAGAGAAGAGAAGAGAAGAGAAGAGAAGAGAAGAGAAGAGAAGAGAAGAGAAGAGUGCUCCUCCUGAGUGGAAAAUGGAUUCAGAUUCUGGGGAGCUGAGUGAAGGAGAGCUUUCACCAGGACCAGAGACCUUCAACUCUAAGUCCUUGGCCCUCCAAGCUCAGAAGAAGAUCUUGAGUAAGAUGGCCACUAUGGCUGUGGCCAACCUGCUAACGGACGACACCAGCAGUGGCAUCCUCGACGAGCUUUACAAGGCAAGCCGCGAGUUCACCAAGAGCAAGAAGGAGGCACACAAGAUCAUCAAGGACGUCAUCAAGAUCGCCCUAAAGGUGGGAAUCCUUUACCGGAACCAUCAGUUUGGUCCUGAGGAGCUGGAGACCGUGGAGCGCUUCAAGAAGAAGAUGAACCAGGCAGCCAUGACGGUGGUCAGUUUCUAUGAGGUUGAAUACACGUUUGACCGCUCGAUCCUUUCUGAGCUGCUCCUGGAGUGCAGGGACCUCCUCCACGAGCUAGUGGAAAACCACCUGACCACCCGAUCCCAUGGCCGCAUUGACCACGUCUUCAACCACUUUGCGGAUGUGGAGUUCCUCACAGAGCUCUAUGGGCCCUCCGAGGAAUACAGACUCUCCCUAAGGAAGAUUUGCGAUGGGAUAAACAAACUCCUGGAUGAGGGCGUGCUUUAGCCAGCAUCAAUCCCUCAUCUCCACCUUCCUUCUCUCUAAACUGCAAAAAAGAUAUCUUGGCACAUGGACCAUAGAAAGACCUAUUAGGGUCAAUGGCUUUUUAAGAGUCAAGAGGGUCUAUAACUCUUCUGACUCAGCAAGAUCAAUGUUUUUUUCAGAUGUAGUAGAGGCAGUGGUUCCUGAGACUAAAUAGGGUCAAUAAUUCCUCAGACUCAGAAGGGUCACUUGGUCUUAAGAAUCUGAAGGAUCAAAUGCUUUUCAGACUUAGUGGGGUCAUUGGAUUCUCAGACUCAGACUCAGUAGGGCAGUGGUCUCCAACCCUGGUCCUGGAGAGCUACCAACCUGCAGAGCCUAGUUCCAAACACAAUUUGCCUUACUGUUUACCUCAUCUGCUCUUCCCAAGUCCCGAAUUGGCUGGAUCAGAUGUAUUAGAGUUAAGUAAGGGGCAGGGUAGCCUAUUCCAUACAGGUUGAAACCAAAUUCUUCAGGAAUGUAGCUUUCCAGGGCCAGGAUAGGAGACCACUGCAGUAGGGUUAGUGGCUCUAUGGACUCAAGACAGUCAGUGGUUCCUCAGUCUCAGUAGGCCCAGUGGUUCCUCAGACUCAAAUGGGUCAAUGACUCUUCAGACUCAUAAAGGUUACUGGCUGUUUACAGAGGGCCAGAGGUUCCUCAGACUCAGUGGGGUUGAUGGCUCUUCAGACUCAGUAGGGUCAGUGGGUCCUCAGACCUGAGAGGGUAAUUGAUUCUCAGAUUCAGUAGGGUUAAUGGUUCUUUAGACUCAAGAGAGUCAAUGGCUCCUCAGACUCAGUUGGGUCAGUGGUUUCUUAUACUCAGUAGGGUCAAUGGCUUCUUAGACUCUGUUGGGUCAAUGCCCCCUUAGAUUCUGUAGGAUCAGUGGCUUCUUACAUUCAGUCAUGUUCAAUGGCGUCUCGGACUCAGCGGGGUCAAUGGCUCCUCAGGCUGUUGAGGGUCAAUGGCUCUUUAGACUUGAGAGGGUUAUUUGAUUCUCAGACUCAGUAAGAUUAAUGGUUCUUUGGACUCAAGAGGGUCAAUGGCUCCUCAGACUCAGUUGGGUCAGUGGUUUCUUACACUCAGAGGAGUCAAUGGCUCCUCAGGCUCUGUUGGAUCAAUGCUACCUUAGACUUGAGAGGUUCAAUUGAUUCUCAGACUCAGUAGGGUCAAUGGGUCUUAGGACUUGAGAGGGUUAAUGGCUCCUCAGACUCAGUAGAAUCAAAAGCCACUCUGUGGUCCAUGCCUUGGCAAGUACAGCACCUUAAACGUAGGGCAGCACAAGAUAUAUUGUUAUUGGCCAUUGCAAUCUUGACCAUACUGCAGAAUGCUGGAAUACAAAAAUGAGACAAUUAGAAAACGUCUGCUUUCUGUGAGCAUUCUGACCAACCUCAGAUGUUCCAGAGAAUUCCUGUGGCUACUACAAAUAACGUUGGCCAAAAUAAUACCAAUCUUUUUAUCAUGUCACAUCAAGGUUUCACCGGUGUGUUUUAGUAUAUUGCAAGGCAAUUUACAAUCGCUAUCAACAGCAAUAUUCUUGCAUCUAAUAUUUCUCAGUAUAGAACUGCUCUAAGAAUUUAGGGAGAAUUUAGGGAGUCUAAGAAAUAGAUUCCCGUUCAAAGAUUUAAAACUGAACGGAUCAUCAAAACAAUCCUUUGGAUGUUUCAAUUUAUAUUUCAAGCACUUUGAGAGCAACAAGAAAUUAUUAAAUGAUAUAUAAUAUACAUAAAUUACAUAAUUACUUUAAUUAAAAUAAUACAAAUCUUGAUCGUGCUGGCAGAUAAUUUGAUUGGAUUCGUAAAAUAAUUCAAAGUGUGUAGAAACGAGUUGAAUAAUCCUCUUAUAUCAUUCUCACAGCCCGAUACUCAGAAAUAUUAGACACAUUGCCUAAGUUUAAGAUGCUUUCACUUGCCACAAUAUCUUUUUUUUUUGCAGUCACUUUUCUCUAUCUAUCUUUCCCUCUCUUCUCCUCUCUCUUUCGCUUCUGGUACUGGACUGUAAAUCCAUUUUUAUUAUAAUUAUUAUUCCUUUUCCUGUCUGUUCCUCAAGGGAGAGAUGGGAUGUCACGAUGCCUUGAUGUGGUUGUAUCCAAACCUCUAAGUGUGUGUGUGUGUGUGUAUGUCUGUAACUCUGGGGGAAAAGCCCACUGUUCUGAGCUCCUGUCUUAAUCGUGUGCAGUGUACAACGUCGUCUCCUACCUGUCCCUCAACAACAGCACAGCAAUGCAAAAGUGGCUGUACUGACGUGACACCCAAGUGGCUUUUGUUUGAGUGUGUGUGCACGUGUGUGUGUGUGACCACUGACAAUAAAACCUGUUUGAAAAGCCAA